CGCUACAAGAAAUACUACAAGUCAUUAUUCCUGGGUCUGAUUGAUCUCGCUAUCAUCAAUGCUUUCAUUGUGUACAACUGGCGCCGCACCAUGGAUGGCAAACGCAAAGCUACGCACGUCGAGUUCCUGAAGAAGCUUCAUUUGGAGCUGAUCCAGCGGAAGCCUGACGGCUGGACCCAAAUGCUGCGCCACCGCGGCAUGCACCCUACACCAUCGAAGCAACGUAAGGCUACAACAACUCAUGUACCCGUACAAACCGACGAGUGGAGGAAGGGCAACACGGACGACACGAGAAAGCGACGCCAGCGUGCCUGCAAGGUGUGA